AUGUCCGAAAUCUUGAAGACCAAUCCUCACUUCCUAAAAUCCUGUAUUCUGUAUGAAGUGCUCCGAAAGACACCAAUCCAAGAUGCUUAUCGAAAUUUCUGUAAGCUCGUUGGACAGGAUGCCAUGGAAUACUCGGAUUACGAGAUUUUUCACAACCGACUUUCUCGGGGAGAAAGAGAUUUUGAAAUUGAACUAAAGCCAGAACUUCUAGUGGAAGCUCUUGUUGAUAAUGCAAUGCCAAUGGAUCCAGUAGAGGAAGUGUUCCAUGCUGAUCCAGGACAAAAAUCUCUUAUGAAUAUGCCAGUUGCAUUGAUGUUCAAGAUUGCAGGAAACCUGGAUCCAGUUGAGAGAACUGUCCUUCGAUCUGUAAACAAAGCCAUCAAAAAUGUUGCGGAUUCUCUUCCCCCAGUUUUUGAGUCUAUGUCCAUCACAUGGACUAGUUGCAACUCUCUAUACUGGCAAUUCAACGACAACCCAGCUACACACUCUGGGAAUGGAAAACUGGGAAAGCUGUCGAAAAUUCCCGGAUUCAAACUGAACAAUCUUCGCUUGAGAAAUUACGGUAGAUUUGGCCGAACUCUCUUCAAUUAUCCUAAGAGCAAACUUGCCGAUGUUUUACCGGAAUCUUUUUUGAAAUCGAAAAAUGUGGAUAUCGAUGUGGUGACUCUGAACGAUGCUAUUCAACUUUUGUCAUUUGCAAAACCACGAGAUCUGGAAUCGAUUCGUUUGUGGCCGACGAAUGGAAAAAAUUUCCCAAGAUUCUUCAAUACAGAACAAUUCAAACAAGCGAAAAAUGUGGAAAUUUUCAGUCUUCAAGGGUUUAAUUCAGAGGUUCUUUCGAAUUUUAGCCACUUGAAAAGCUUCAAAAUCAAGUUGUCAGGAGAUUUUGUGGAAGAGGAUUUUCCGAAAAUUCGAGAUUUAAAAAAGAUGUAUAUUCGAGGAAACGAAACUUCAAGUUCAUUUGAAUCCCUACCUUCGAAUCCUUUGAAAAAUGUGAACUACGAAUUAUCAGUGGAUUUCAAAUUCGUGAAAUUUGUGAAGCUCUCGGAAUGA